AUGAUGAUGGGGAUGAUGGAUGAUGGGGAUGAUGGAGAUGAUGGGGAUGAUGAUGGGGAUGAUAUGGGGAUGAUGGGGGUGAUGGGGAUGAAGGGGAUGAUGGGGAUGAUGGAUAUGAUGGGGGUGAUGGGGGAUGAUGGGGAUGAUUGGAUGAUCCGGGGGGAUGAUGGGUAUGAUGAUGGAGAUGAUGGAGAUGAUGGAGAUGAUGGGGAUGAUGGGGGUGAAGGGGGUGAAGGGGGUGAAGGGGGUGAUGGAGAUGAUGGAGAUGAUGGGGGUGAUGGGGAUGAUGGGGAUGAUGGGGAUGAUGGAGAUGAUGGGGAUGAUGGGAUGGGGAUGAUGAUGGGGGUGAUGGGGAUGUUGGGGGGGAUGGGGAUAAAGGGGAUGAUGGGGAUGAUGGAUAUGAUGGGGGUGAUGGGGAUGAUGGGGAUGAAGGGGGUUAUGGGGGAUGAUGGGGAUGAUGGGGAUGAUGGGGAUGAUGGAGAUGAUGGGGAUGAAGAGGGUUAUGGGGGCGAUGGGAUGAUGGGAAUGAUGGAGAUGAUGGAGAUGAUGGGGGUGAUGGGGAUGAAGGGGCUCGUGGAGAUGAUGGAUGGAGGGGAUGAUGGGGAUGAUGGAUAUGAUGGGGGUGAUGGGAAAGAUAGGGAUGAUGGGGUUGAUGGUGAUAAAGAGGGUUAUGGGGGUGAUGUGGAUGAUGGGGAUGAUGGGGAUGAUGGAGAUGAUGGGGAUGGGGAUGAUGGGAUGAUGAUGGAUGAUGGGGGUGAUGGGGAUGAUGGGGGGGGUGAUGGGGAUGAAGGGGGUGAUGAUGGGGAUGAUGGGGAUGGAGAUGAUGGGGAUGAUGGGGAUGAUGGGAUGAUGGGGAUGAUGGGGAUGGGGAUGGGGGAUGAUGGGGAUGAUGGGGGUGAUGGGAUGAUGAUGGAGAUGAUGGAGAUGAUGGAGAUGAUGGGAUGA